AAGCUGGUGAAAGCUGGUGAAGUGGAGAAGAAGGAGGUGCCUCAAACUGGGAAAGAGUACAACAUUUGGUACAAUAAAUGGGCUGGUGGGGACCGUGAGGAUAGUUAUUCAAAGUAUGUUUUGUUGCAAAGUCGUUCGUCAAGUCGCAGACGCGUUGCAACAUCACGCGCGAACAUGACGGGUGUGAAGUACUGUUGUCCCUUUUUUGUGUGGAGAUGCUGUCUGUAUGGCUGGGAAUGCGAGUAUCUGCAUAUGCUCAUGGACCCAUCGACCACACUGCCGGACAUGUCGAAGGACUGCUUUGCAUGCGACAAGUUCGCAGACUAUCGAGAUGAUAUGGGUGGUGUGGGUAGCUUUCAGAGGCAGAACCGCAUGCUAUAUAUUGGGCGGAUCAAGGAGACGGGCACAGACAUGGAGACGGAGGAGGUUGUGAGGAGGCAUUUCAAGGAGUGGGGAGAGAUUGAAAAAAUUCGAGUGCUGCAGUACCGCAGCAUCACAUUCGUGACGAACCUACGAUGGAUGCGAAUGUGA